CCACUGACGGCUGACGCUCCGUUUCGCCAGCUGGGUGUGUGCCACGUGUGUUUUUCGUAGUCAUGUCGAAGAUCUCGAGAAUGCCGCGAUACGUCCACACGAGGGAACACCUGUCGCGGCUCGGCGCAUCGUCUCAACUCCUCGGCUUCGCCGUUUGAUGGGCCGCGAACGCGGUAGAGCACGAUGGCCCUGCUCUUCCCGCGGCGCCGUCGACCCACUGUUGUUCGUCUCCUCUCGGUGCUGGCUAUCGCCGGGGUCACGGUGCUUUUGCUACGAAGCCGAAUCACUUCCGACGAUCACCUAGACGAUCGGAUCGCCUUCCGAGAACGGCUUUCUCCAAAUGAUGACCGUGGAAAGGCGGCUGCCACAGCGGGGGAUGUGCAGAGGGCCCAAGCACCGCGCUACCACGGAGACGACAGCCCGCUGCUUCCGAACGUCUACGACCCGGAUGAAGUAGAGUUCUUCAACAGGCUCAACGAAGAGUGGGGCAAGAACGGUGCGGGAGUGACUCUCACGGGCGACGAAAAAGAAAAGGCCGACAAGGAAUUCUCGAGAGCUGGCUUCAACGCCUACGUUUGCGACCGCUUACCGUUAAAUAGGACACUGGGUGACCGUCGCCACCGCAGCUGCCGGAAUGCGGAGUAUGACGUCGACAGCCUACCCACCGCUUCCGUGGUGAUUAUUUUUACCGACGAACUCUUCUCGGCACUCCUGAGAACUGUGUACAGCGUGAUAAACCGCACCCCACGCCGCCUACUGAGGGAAAUAAUCCUCGUCGAUGACUACAGCCAAAUAGACGAGAUGGCUAAUGGCCGCCUGGAGCGGUUCAUUCGGCGCCACUUCCGUCCGGGCUUCGUGAAGCUCAUCACGCUACCCAAACGCGAGGGCCUGAUCCGCGCCCGGCUGACAGGCGCCCGGGCCGCGUCGGGCGACGUGCUCGUCUUCCUUGACUCGCACUGCGAGGCCACCGACCAUUGGCUGGAGCCCAUGGUGGAGCUGAUAAAGAAAGAUCGCACCACGGUAGUGUGCCCGAUCAUUGAUCUGAUUGAUGACAAGACCCUUCAGUACAUGGGCACAAGCUCGGAUUUCUACCAAAUUGGUGGCUUCAACUGGAAGGGCGAGUUCAUCUGGAUAAACACGCCCGAGGCCUGGAGGAAGGCGCGCAAGAGCAAAGCGGACCCGAUGCGUUCGCCCACAAUGGCUGGUGGCCUGUUUGCAAUUGAUCGCAAGUACUUCUGGGAUAGCGGCUCUUAUGAUAGCGAGAUGGAAGGCUGGGGAGGCGAGAACCUGGAGAUGUCAUUCCGUAUCUGGAUGUGCGGUGGCUCUUUGGUGAUAGCUCCGUGCUCUCACGUGGGCCACAUUUUCCGCGACUACCACCCGUACAAAUUCCCAAGCAACAAGGACACGCAUGGCAUCAACACAGCCCGGCUUGCUGAAGUGUGGAUGGACAACUACAAGUACUACUUCUACCAAAACCGUCCAGAGCUCAGGAAAAUAUCAUUUGGGGACAUCUCGGAGCGCAAGGCACUGCGUAACAAGCUGCAGUGCAAAUCUUUCAAGUGGUACCUGGACAAUGUAUACCCCAACAAGUUUGUUCCCAGCGAGAAAGUGUUUGCCUUUGGAAAUGCAAGAAAUCCAAACACUGGCAUGUGUCUUGAUUCCAUGAGCCACAACUAUGACAACACGGAACCACUCGGCAUCUAUCCUUGCCAUAAGGAUACAAACAGUGGUGGUAACCAGGUGGGUGCCAUCUCCUGGAAGACAGCUGUGGCAGAGUUGUCCAGCGAGCCAGACAAAUCCGACAAGGCUGCCCGCAAAGUCAUGAUGGCCCCUUGCGGCGAGGGCGCAGAGUCUGAGGAGCGGCAGCGUUGGGACCACACGCGUGGUGGCCCACUGAAGCACCGGCAAACGGGUUUGUGUAUCGAGGCAGCUCCGACAGACCUGGACGCUGUGCUAGCCAAGCCAUGCACCGGUGGCCACAACCAAGUGUGGUGGUUCCUGCACUACGCCCGCCCACAAGUUGACGUACUGCACAACACGAACUAA